AUGACCGCAGAUGAGGAAGCCUUCAACUCCCACGCUUAUGCAUCAUGGUACAAUGUCCUGAGUGGGCUUGGUGAGGACGAGGGACGUACUGCGGAAGAUGUUGCGUUGCGGCAAAUAUCUGUCCAGGAUGUGAACUUGAAGUAUUGA